AUUAACACUUGUGUUGCGAUGGCAUCACACAGAACAGAAGCACUUACAGUAUGCUUGGUUUCCCGUUUCGAACGUGAUUUUUAGAAACUAAUAUUUAUAACUUCCACGUCUCAAAUGUGAUUUAUCCAUCCUCAACGAGUUUUCAAACAUGCUAUUACAUUCACUUGAGUUGAGGCCAACACCACAAAGCAACAAAGAACCGAAACUGUAAGGCAUAAAACCAACAACAGAGAGAGAGAGAGAGAAAGAAACAGUUUCUCAGGGCACGUUUCUGUUUUUUCUUUCUUUCUUACUACACAACAACAAAAGGCCCUCCACGGAAAGCAAUACCUGCAAUUACUUGAACUCUAUAUUCCUUUUUUUCCCUUCUGAUUUUGACGUAGUUGUGUAGCGUGUGAGUCUUUUUUUCUUCUUUCUUUUAAUGAUUUUUUUCUCUUUUUGUUUAAAGCAUAAGCCUUGCAUUCCGUUACGCAUUGUGAGCGUGAAGCCUUGAAUAUUCUAACAGCGCCAAUAUCUUGAAAGGCAAUGUUGUUUCUGAGUAAAGAGAACGCCAUGCAGGGGAAGAUUUCAAAGGCUUGAGAUGCCAAUUUAUUUGCAUAAUCAAAGGUUGAUUUGAGGAGAGGAUGGCAUCUUCUUCAUGGGAAUAUUUUGGGGAGAUUGCAAAUGUGGCUCAGCUAACGGGCAUAGAUGCAGUGAAGUUAAUUGGGAUGAUUGUGAAAGCUGCAAAUACAGCACGGAUGCACAAGAAGAAUUGCAGGCAAUUUGCGCAGCAUCUGAAGUUGAUAGGGAACUUGCUGGACCAGCUCAAGAUCUCGGAGCUUAAGAAGUACCCCGAAACCCGGGAGCCUCUGGAGCAGCUAGAAGAUGCCCUUAGAAGGUCUUACAUUUUGGUCAAUAGUUGUCAGGACCGCAGCUAUCUUUAUUUGCUGGCCAUGGGAUGGAACAUUGUUUAUCAGUUCAGGAAGGCUCAGAGUGAAAUUGACAGAUACUUGCACCUUGUUCCUCUCAUUUCGCUAGUCGAUAAUAAUCGACUCAGGAUUCAGGAGAGACUUGAAGUUAUUGAAAAGGAUCGAUGUGAGUAUACAUUAGAAGAUGAAGAGCAAAAGGUGCAGAGUGUUAUUUUGAAACCUGAGCCUGAAAAAGCUGAUGCUGUGGUGCUGAAGAAAACUCUUUCCUGUUCUUACCCCAACUUUUCUUUCACCGAAGCACUUAAAAAAGAAAAUGAAAAACUUCAAGUAGAGCUACAACAUUCACAAGCAAAUAUGGAUUUACAUCAGUAUGAAUUCAUUCAACAUUUGCUAGAUGUCACAGAAGUUGCAGCUCUUUAUGAUUCUAAAAAAAAUCACAAGACAGUAGAGUACAGUGACUACAGUUAUUCUGAUGCCAAUGGUGACAAAGCUCAUUCUUCCAAUGAAAAAAUCCACAAAAAGAAUGACACUCAUUCCGCAUCAGGAUCAUCAGUUUCAGAAAAGGAUCUGCUAUCAACUGGAGGUUCAUAUCAUCGGGAAGAUUGGCAUACUGAUUUACUUGCUUGUUGUUCUGAACCUUGUCUUUGUUUUAAGACAUGCUUCUAUCCUUGUGGGACAUUGUCAAAGAUUGCUACCGUUGCAAACAACAGGCCAAUAUCUUCUGCAGAAGCAUGUAAUGAAUUAAUGGCAUAUUCAUUAAUUUUAUCUUGCUGUUGCUAUACUUGCUGCAUGAGGAGGAAGCUUCGGAAGAUGUUGAACAUCAGGGGGGGAUUUAUUGAUGAUUUUCUUUCUCAUUUGAUGUGUUGCUGCUGUGCCCUUGUGCAAGAAAGGCGAGAAGUGGAGAUCCAUGGGGUUGAAGGUCCUGAGAAUACCAACACAAGACCUCCACCCUCACAGUACAUGGAAUCAUAAGUAAAAAAUUAGAUUGACAUUUGGCUGUUUAGGGCUUGAAUAACGCAUAAAUUAGAGGCAAUUGGUUAUUAGAACUGUCACAGGAAGCCAGUGCCUAUGCAUUUUGAUUAUCACACCACUUGAAUGUAAAGUAACUCGUCUGUUUGUUUUUGAAAGGAAGUAGUUUUCUGUUUUAUGUACCCAAAAGAAAAAGUAGCCUCGAGGUUUAGCUGAUGGUGCAUCAUAAUCUUUUUUUCCUGGUUUAAUAUAGUUUCAGUUAAUUUUAGGCAAAAAAAAUUCAUGAUCAUUAUGAUAUAGUAUCUUCACUUUCACUAGUUAAUUAUUAGACUAUGUUUAAGGAUCCCACUCCUUCCAAACUCUUGUUGUGAUACUGUACAUUUGAGAACUAGGUAAACUUUACAGAAUUAAUAAAAAUAAGUGGUUUGACA